AUGGAUACACAUAAAAAUAAAAUUCACUUGAGUCACAUUAUCAAUCUUUCCAACGAUGAUGAUGAUGAGUUGUUACCAAGUCCAAGCUCACGCUCUUCUUCCACCUCGUCCUCUUCCAUUGUCGUAGCAAAUAACAGUAGCAACAACAGUAAUAGUAAACAACCAAUUAUUUCCAGCUCUACGCUAAAGUUAUAUAAUUUAGAUAGUGACGAUGACAGAAUGGAUAUAAAGAGAUCUACAACUACCACGACUACAACCACCUCCAACAAUAUAUCCAGUUUUUCACCGAAUAUCAAUGGAGGUGGCGAAUCUCCUAACAGUCCACGUGUUGGAUUUAGCAACAAUUUGGAUCAUCCAAACAAUAUAACUGGUCGAAAACGUUCAAUAAACCUACCAUCUCUGAGCUAUGUGGAGAAAAACCCUGCUUCUUCCAACUCACCGCAAAUGGUAAAUCAUGAAUCGUCACCUUCACCACCACCGCCAUUUGCAUCGCCACACCAACACCCUCAUUAUCCAGUCGAUCCCGCUACAAACCGGCUGAAAUCGCACAGCUUCAGUGCAUUUGAAAAUUCACCUCCUACCUCACCUCUCAUUGCAAUCGCUCACCAACUCAAUGGCUUGAAAUCGAUUUCCGCUGCCACUCCUCCCCAUUACUCACCGACGUCAUCACCCGUUUCCUCACCAUCCAAAUCAUCUGCAUCCAACUCAACCUCAUCAUCAAUGUUACCAACUCUCCCGAAAAUAAUGGGAUCCGCUUCCACUUCCUCCUCUUCCAACUCCUCCAACUCCAUGGAUAACAGUGGAAACAACUCCACUCACACCACACCAAGUGCACCGAUGUCUCCCAUCACUUUACACAAUCGAUAUUCAACGAGUGUGACACACUCGCCUGCCUACAACUCGCCAAGGAUGCAACAACACCUUCGUCCGCCAGGUGACCUACUGAGUUCGCCACCUCCUCCCAUUGACCGUUCGCCCAUUCUCUCACAAUCACACCAUCUCUAUAAAAAACGUAGCAACAGUUUCAAUAUUUUUGGAACACCUGCUGACUCUCUACCUUUCCCACCGCCAUCGUCGUCGUCGUCAUCGUCAUCAACACAAUCAGACCAAUUUGUCCAUCACAGCCAAAUAAGAUCGCCACCCAUUCCACCACAUUCACUCUCGCUGUCCACACCACCUGUAUCAUCGGCAUCAUCAACACCAUCCAUCCGCUACAAAACACAUUCACACCUACAAUUUGAGGGUUCUCAAUCCAUAUACGAGAGCUCUCGUUUCGAAAAGAUACCAUUGUUAAUCGCUGCAUUUCACAAUGACUUGAUAGGUAUGAAAACAAUGUUGAUAGCAGGGGCAGAUUUAAACUACAAGUGUCAGAAUCGUGGAUGGACACCUCUAAUGUUAGCCUCACAUUGUAACCAUUUAGAUAUGAUUGAUUUUCUAUUAGAUCAAAAAAUUGGUACAACACCUCUCAUGACAUCUUGUUCUCUUGGAGACAAAGAUAUUGUUGGAUUAUUAUUAAAAAAUAAUGCAAUUGUAAAUUCUACUGAUCAAAGAGGUUAUUCUCCUCUAAUGUACACUCAAAUCUAUGGUUUUAAAUUAAAUAAUAAUGAAAAUAAUUUUAAUGGAAAGAUAGUUUGUGGUGAAAUGCUUGACCAAAGAAGAGAGAUCAUUCAGGUACUACUCAACUAUGGUUCACGAAUCGAUAUAAUCAGUAGUGACGAGUGGACACCCUUGAAACUGGCUAUUAAGCAUGGUCCUCUCGACUUUGCCGAGUAUAUCGUCGAUAUGGAUGAAAACCUACUGUUGGAAACCGACUCUCAUGGAUGGACAUGUCUCAAUCUGGCAAUUCGUUACUCUCCGAUCGAAGUAAUCGAUAUGAUUCUCAAGAAAGGCUAUCCCAUCAACAGUAACAUCCAGCACCUGGUGUCGAUGACGCAGCAGCAACAACAGCACCCCACACCACCACACGAAACCAUUUCACCGCUGCAACUUGCAAUACAAUUCCGUAGUGUCGACGUUGUCGAAAAACUCAUCGCCUACGGACUGGACAUACUCCAGCAAGGCAAUCCUCAGGAGAUCAUUGACCUCUGUAAAGAUUCAAACAAACCGGAUAUCGAACAACUUCUCACCGACAUUCUAAUCCAUAAAUUACAAAAUAAUAAUAAUAACAAUAAUAAUAAUAAUAAUAAUCACCAUCAUCAACAACAACAAUCGAUACCAAAUCCACAACAAUCACCCCAAAUUUCAGCUUCACUCGCACCACACCAUCUUCGCUUCAACAACAAUUCUCCUCCAAAUUUACAUUGA